UUGGGAUGGGCAGCCAAAAAUCCUGCCACCAUGUCCUGCAAGGCUCUGGCUCUCUGCCUGCUGGGGCUCCUGGCUCUCUCCUCUGCGUGCUACAUCCAGAACUGUCCCAUCGGGGGCAAACGCGCGGCGCUGGACAUGGACAUCAGGAAGUGCCUGCCCUGCGGCCCUCGGAACAAGGGGCACUGCUUCGGGCCCAACAUCUGCUGCGGGGAGGAGCUGGGCUGCUACAUCGGCACCUCGGAAACGCUGCGGUGCCAGGAGGAAAAUUUCCUGCCCACCCCCUGCGAGUCGGGACGCAAACCCUGCGGCUCCGGAGGGAGCUGCGCUGCUCCCGGCAUCUGCUGCAGCACCGAGGGCUGCAGCACUGACUCAUCCUGUGACCAGGAGAUGCUGUUUGUGUAGCCCACCCAGGACAGAAGGCACAGGAUCCACAUCCAUCACUGUCCCAGCCCUGCCUUGGGCUGUGACUCAGACUGAAGUGAUGAGCUUAAACAGAAAUAAAACUUGGACAGAAAAACAA